AUGGAAAAAGCCUUGGAAGAAGCUCGCAAAGCGUUAGAGCGUGGGGAAGUGCCCGUUGGAUGCGCUCUGAUAGACACGAAAGGAAAGUGCGUCGCCGUUGGCUCUAACCGCACAAACGAGCUCGGAAACGCGACCUCACACGCGGAGCUGGUGGCAUUCGAAGCACUCGGCGCGCAAAAAUUUAACCGCGGCGAGCUGACCCUCUACGUGACAUGUGAACCCUGCGUGAUGUGCGCGGCGGCCAUCGUGCAGAUUGGUAUCAUCGGCAAAAUUGUGUUUGGGUGCUCCAACCCUCGUUUUGGCGGCUGUGGGUCAGUUCGUUCACUUAAUAUGUAUAAGGAAUGUGGGAAGGGGGGGGAUGACAUGUUUGUUCCGGAAAUCCAGAGCGGUGUUGAAGCUGCAACUGCUGUGCAACUGCUGGGAGAGUUUUAUACAAGGAGCAAUCCAAACGCUCCGAAGCCAAAAAAGAGACGAGUGAAGAAAUAG